AUGGUCAAUUUGGACGAGAGGUUUUGCCCCUGUUAUCAGUGGCAAUUGCUUGGGUUUCCGUGUCAGCAUGCAAUUCAAGUUAUCCAUCAUUCCGAGUUAUGUUUGUACGACUUUGUUGAUGAGUAUUACAAGGCAGACUUUUAUAGGGCUACUUAUGCAACCCCUAUAUUUUCCAUACCUGAUAUUGAGAAGCCUCCUCCUGGAGAUGUUGUUCUUCUGCCUCCUCAUACAAGAAAGCCUCCGGGACGACCUCCAACAAAGCGCUUCAAGUCAAGCAGUGAAACUAAAAGGCAAGUGAAGUGCAAGAGAUGCAGUUCUUGUGAUCGUCAUAAUAGGAGGACUUGCAAGGCCCCUAUUUGA